CAAGGCAGCUUGUCUGCCCGCGUCGCGUCCGACACUCCUAACCCAUCCUCCAUUCCUCCUCCCUCGUUUACAUCUCCAAGACUCCAACGUCCGGCUCUGACGACGAACCCCAGCCUCGGAAUUAGGUUCCGUCAACGGCUGGGCCCAGGUUAGUAGGUUACUUGGUGGCUCGGCGCCUCGUGUCUCUGAAGAUUCUCUUAACCGAACCUGUGGCUCUGAAUCCGAGCCUCUUCUAACGGCUCCUUAGCUAGUUCCCGCUCACGCUUACUUCGUAUAGUGGAGAAGGAGAAGUAUUAAUCACCGCACUGUAUAUUAGCUCUCUCUCUCUCUCUCAUCACCUAUGUUCUUCGUUCUCCGGAACUUCUCUCUUGAUCUGUAAUAAGAAAAAUGGCCAAGUCUUGGCUUAUUGAUGGUAGAGGAAUUGCAACUAAAGUAAAAAAUGCCACUCAAUUCUCUGCAUCUAAGAUUAAAGACUUGGGGGCAAUUCGGGAAUGCCCUAACUGCCAUCAUAAUAUUGAUAACAGUGAUGUUUCACUUGAAUGGCCAGGCCUGCCUGCUGGUGUAAAGUUUGAUCCAUCUGAUGCAGAGAUUUUAGAACAUUUAGCAGGAAAAGUUGGACUUGGAGAUUCAAAACCCCACUUAUUCAUUGAUGAGUUCAUUCCAACAAUUGAAAGAAAUGAAGGAAUUUAUUAUACUCAUCCUGAAAAUCUUCCUGGUGCUAAGAAAGAUGGAAGCAGUGUCCAUUUUUUCCAUAAAACAGCAAAUGCAUAUGCAACUGGUCAGCGCAAGCGCCGCAAGAUCCAUGGUCAAGGUGGUAAAAUAGAGGAGCAUGUACGAUGGCAUAAAACUGGUAAAACCAAACCUGUGAUAGAGAAUGGAGUGGUGAAGGGCUGUAAGAAGAUUAUGGUUCUCUAUAAAACUUCAAAGAAGGGGUCAAAGCCUGAUAAGUCCAAUUGGGUGAUGCAUCAGUACCAUCUAGGAACUAAGGAUGAUGUAACUGAAGGUGAAUAUGUUGUUUCAAAAAUUUUCUACCAACAACAGCAGAGGCAUACUGAUAAGACUGAAGCCCAUCUGGUCAAUGAAGAACCUGAUAAAGUCACACUCCAAGUUAGUCCAAGGACUCCAAAGACAAACACCCCUGACAUACGGCGACCUGGAAAGCGCUUUCUAUGUGAUGACAUCAAUGAAGAUAGUGAACUGGAAUGCAUCAAAGAAACAGCUCAGCCUUCUCCUUCUGUUCAUCUAGAUGAUGAUAGGAUGGACACUGCAUGGUGGGCAGGCGAAUCUCAGGCUGUAGAAGACCCUGAUCUGAAUGUCAUGGAUGAUAUACUGUUAUGCAAUGAGAUUCUUGAUUCGUAUGCUCCUGCAGAUAAUUCAGGAUUAAGGCCUAUUCCCAAUUUCUCGGAGUAUGGUUGUAGCAGGAGUGAUGCACUCAUUGCAGAUGGCAACACUGCUUCUGGUAUCCCCAGCCUUGAUGAUAUAGAAAUUGAUACACCACCAGAUUUUCAUCUUGCAGAUCUGCAGUUUGGUUCACAAGAAAGUAUUAUGGGUUGGUUAGACCGACUGUAGAGAGAUGAUGUGGCUAAAUCUUCAAGAAUGAAAACAGAGACUACUUUCCCUGUUGCCCAGAGUGGUUGGAUCUUUAUCUACUGAAGGUUAUGUCCUGGUCCAGUACCAGACUAAAAUGUUUGUCAAGGACUAGGAGAUUUUGCUUUCCUCAGCUUCCACCGACCUAAAACUUUCCACCAGAUGCCCUAAUGAUGGUCUAUGGGGUAAAGCUCUACAGUGCUUAUGCUCUUUGAACAUGCAGCUAUGGGGAGAUGCUGCUGCUGGCUGAAGCUUAGAAUAUAACAUCCAAAAGCAGAAUAUGACUUGACAUUGUGGAUCUCACCCUACUUUACCUUCGUUUUGAUGCUUCUGCAGCAUGCAGGUGCCCAUGCCAGAUCAUUUCCUUUUAUGUUUUGAAGCUUGGAUUAUGCUGUUGUUAGGUGAACAUAUGGGUGUCAUCCACGUUAAAUAUGAAAAAUUGUGGUUUCGUUUA